CGACAUUUUUGUUAGGCGCUCUGCCGCAACUUUUUAACUCGCAUGUGCAAGCAGCCGGAGCGAUGGUUCUCCGCGGUGAAUCAGAUUUGGGCAGAAGUGUGCAACGGCGUUGGUCUCCGGUGGCGGCGCGGCUCGCAUGUCGGCUCUCCAGCGGCUCUUUGUUGCGGAGGGCUGCCUCUGCUCAUCGCCGCACGCAUGGAUCGGCUAGCCACAGCUAGCAGCAGAAAACCCCAAAACUAAAAAUUUUUUGUUCAGCUAAGCUGGCCGAUGUUGGGGCUGUGGUUGCCUCUGCAGCCGGUGUCUUCAAGGCCGAUCACGGGCUACCACGUGUCUUACAUCGCGUGGUGAGGACCCGGAGUUCCAUCAGAAAUGUCUGUGAGGGAGUCUUUUAACCCCGAAAGCUAUGAGCUGGACAAGAACUUCAGGCUCACACGCUUUGCUGAGCUGAAGGGGACAGGCUGCAAGGUUCCUCAAGAUGUUUUACAGAAGCUGCUCGAGGCCUUACAGGAGAACCACUAUCAGGAGGAUGAACAGUUCCUGGGGGCCGUUAUGCCUCGAUUAGGCAUCGGCAUGGACACAUGCGUCAUCCCUCUCAGACAUGGUGGACUUUCUCUCGUCCAGACAACAGAUUACAUCUAUCCUAUCGUUGACGACCCCUACAUGAUGGGACGAAUUGCUUGUGCCAAUGUUCUAAGUGACCUGUACGCCAUGGGAGUGACGGAGUGUGACAACAUGUUGAUGCUUCUGGGAGUCAGCAACAAGAUGUCAGAAAAAGAAAGAGACAAAGUCAUGCCACUGAUCAUUCAGGGAUUCAAGGACGCUUCGGAGGAGGCCGGCACGUCUGUCACAGGGGGCCAAACGGUGGUCAACCCCUGGGUGGUGAUGGGAGGAGUCGCUACGACCGUGUGUCAGCCUAAUGAGUUCAUCAUGCCAGAUAACGCAGUGCCAGGGGACGUGUUGGUGUUGACCAAACCGUUGGGGACACAAGUGGCUGUCGCAGUGCACCAGUGGCUAGAUAUUCCCGAGAAGUGGAACAAGAUCAAGCUGGUGGUGACCCAGGAAGACGUAGAGCUGGCCUACCAUGAAGCUAUGCUGAACAUGGCCCGGCUAAACCGGACAGCUGCCGGCCUCAUGCACACCUUCAACGCACACGCAGCCACUGACAUCACGGGGUUCGGCAUCCUCGGCCACGCUCAGACUCUGGCGCGGCAGCAGAGGAGCGAGGUUUCGUUCGUCAUCCACAACCUCCCAGUGCUCGCCAAGAUGGCCGCCGUGUCCAAAGCCUGUGGGAACAUGUUUGGGCUUAUGCAUGGCACGUGCCCCGAAACAUCAGGAGGCCUGCUGAUCUGUCUGCCCCGGGAGCAGGCCGCCCGCUUCUGCGCCGAGAUCAAAUCCCCGAAAUACGGCGAGGGCCACCAAGCUUGGAUCAUCGGGAUCGUAGAGAAAGGAAACCGCACGGCCCGCAUCAUCGACAAGCCUCGGAUCAUCGAGGUGGCACCGCAAGCGGCCACGCAGAAUGUCAACCCAACGCCCGGCGCAACCUCUUAAUCCUCGUUUUGUUGCCUCAUAGACCUGAACCCCCAAAACCUCUGUUGAGAGUUUUUUUUAGACUUCUAAACUACAAAACCAUCGUAGAGUGUUGACAAAUUUACACACGAUAGUAAAAGAAAAAAAAAAAAAGACACCCAACAAAGACUGGGUUGGUGCGUCGACGUGGAAACAGCCCCACACAGUGGCCUCUCAAGGGUAUGUCGCCACCCAGUGGACUCAAGCUGCAGCUUCCCCAUGAAAAGAAAUUGGCAAGAACUAGAGCGUACUCAUAAUCCAUUUGUGUUUUGUAUCGUUAAAUGUGCUUGAUUGGCUGGCAGCUUCUGACAGGAGAGCGAUAAUGAAGACAAUAAUGUGAUACUGUUGAUUCAUUUUGAAUCUGGGGAGUUCUGGAGUCCGUUGCCUCUUUUGUCUCUCAGAACUGCUCUCAUCAAACAAGCACACUGUGUUUUUUUUUGUUUGUUUGUUUUUUGUUGUUCAUUCGCUUUGUACAGUUUAAAAGCCUAGUUUUUAGUUCAUCGCUGUACCUGAUGCCUCCGAAAACACAGCUCGAUCAGAAUGACGUGUUUUUUUUUUUAAUUUUAAUUUUUUAGUAUUUUGUCUUUUGGAUCAUCCCCAUGUAUGCUCAUUAACACUUGAACAGAUAAUUGUUGAUUUCUGCUACUCGGGAGCUGCAGUCAUACGACUGCAAUAAAUCAAGCCGUUUGAGUUGUAGCUGCACCGCUGUGCUUUCUCCAUAUGUUAUAGGUUAUUUUUUUAAGACGAGAAAAUUCUUCAUUCCAAGUGCAGCAACAUAUUUACAGGAAGAUGAGAACUUUUUUUUUUUCCAUUGUAAAUUUAAGAAAAUCACCUUAAAACGAAUAAGUGUCUUGAAUUAUCCACGAAAUGAGCUCUUAACGGUUUAUUUUUGGUAGAUGGUGCAUGGUACAUUGUUGAUACCAGGUGACGUGCUAAAAGCAAACUGACAAUGAAGCUGGUUGAAGAUUUUCUUUCUCCUGAUUCAUGAGAAGAAUCCGGACGACGUCGUACAAUGCUAGGAACAAGAUGUAAUCUCUAUCCCACCUCUUACAAUAAACAUUUUAUAAAACUUU